UAUAUUCAUUGUCUUAGCUGCAUUGUCUUUCUCUCGACCAUCCCGCGUCACUUGCAAUCUUCAACCUUCUCCUUCACGUAUUUUUCUUCAACUUAUAUACUCUCACUGCAUGCUUUAAAAUCCAACCAAAAUAAAAAAAAUUAACACCAUUAAUAUCGCAUAUAUUUAUACACUAAGCUACAAACUUUCAUCGUCCAAAAACCCGAUCCUUUAAAGCCAAACCAUCUCCUCUCAUACACAGACAUCGUGUUCUUUCUGUUCAUCCUCUCUGUUUCUCUCACAGGCUUCAAAUUUCAGGUUUUUGGCUGAUGGGUUUUCUCUGAAUUGUGUUGGAUUCUUAAUUGUUUGAUUUUCUUGCCUGACAAACACUUUGGAGUUUGUUGUUGUUGCUUUUGAGUUCUGAAAUGGGACCGAUCAGAGGGUCCAGGAGGAAGAAGAAGGUUGACCAGAAUGUGUUAGCUGCUUCAGACUCUCAGACCCUGGAAUGUUGGUGGGAUGGCUUCUCUCAGAGAAUUACGGGUCAAUCAAAAUCUAAAGGCGCAUUGAAAUUUGAAUCUUUCUUCAAAAUUUCGAUAAAGACAUUCGCCUACAUCUGUUCGCUUGUAAAGGAAGAUAUGAUGGCCAGGUCAACCUUCUGCUACUCAAAUAACAAGCCAUUAUGUCUGAAUGACCAAGUUGCUAUCGCUCUUAGGAGGCUCAGCUCGGGUGAUUCUUUGUGCAGCAUCGGUGAAUGCUUUGGCAUGAACCAAUCCACUGUUUCGCACAUAACCUGGCGGUUUGUGGAAGUAAUGGAAGAAAAAGCUCUGCACCAUCUGUCAUGGCCUAAAGAGCAGGGUGAAAUGGAGGAGAUAAAGUCCAAGUUUGAGAAAAUUCGCGGCCUUCCAAAUUGCUGCGGUGCAAUUGACAUCACACACAUCAUGAUGACUCUGCCUUCAGCGGACUCAUCAGAUGAUGUCUGGCUCGAUGGCCAGGAAAACUGCAGCAUGAUCUUGCAGGCAAUUGUUGAUCCAGACAUGAGGUUCCGUAACAUAAUCACAGGAUGGCCAGGAAGUCUGAGUGAUGACAUGGUCCUUAAAAGCUCAGGUUUUUUCAUGAUGUCCGAAGAAGGAGAUUACUUAAAUGGGGAGAAGUUAGUGCUUUCACAAGGAACGGAAGUGAGAGAAUACGUAGUAGGAGAUUCCGGCUUUCCUCUCUUGCCGUGGCUUCUCACUCCUUACAACAGAAGAGGCCGCCUCUGGGAGCAUGAGUCUGAUUUCAACAAGCGGAUUUUUGCAACGCAGAUGGUGGCGCAAAGGGCGUUGGUGUGGCUGAAAGAGACGUGGAAGAUAAUUCAAGGCGUCAUGUGGAAGCCGGAUAAGAACAAGCUGCCGAGGAUUAUUCUUGUUUGCUGUAUACUGCACAAUAUAGUGAUUGAUAUGGAGGAUAAGGUGCAAGAUGAAAUGCCAUCGUCUCGCCAUCAUGAUCCCGGUUACCAGCAACAAAUUUGUGAAUCUGCCGCUGACGAUAUGGCGUUUCAACUGAGAGAGAAUCUCUCAAUAUACUUAGCCGGAAGAUUGUCUCCCUGAGGAGACCAGACCCUUGGUUGCAUCCUGGAUGGUGGUUUCAUUGGUUUUUACUUUUUGUAAUCUUUGCCAGUUGAAAUUGGAGAGUUUAUAAUCUUUGGGAUUUUGCUUUCUUCUAUAGAAACUGUCUUAACAUGGUUUA